GGAAAAGUGGAGGGGCGGGGCAGUGGCUGGAGGAACCUCUGAAGCGACGCGGGGAACACGUGAAGGAGUGGUAUGUUGGAACUUGGAGGGGAGGAGGGAUGCUGAAGAGGCACAUGGUGACGGACAGGGAGGGACCCGGGAGGUGUGGAGUGGUGGGCCCGGCCUGUCGCGGGAAGGACACAGAGGAACAUAAGCUGCCCUGGAGAGGCACUUUCGGACAUCUGGAGGGGCGCACAGUGCUGGGACUUGGCGGCGCCUGGGGCGGAGGGGCGCGCCGGAUCCAGUCGGGCGCGCUUGGGGGCCGGGCGCAGUGGGAGUUGAUGGGUGUCCAGCCGGCGGCGCCCUGGGCUCGGCUAGGCGCAGGACGGCCCUGGCAACGGUGCAGCAGCCCAGGCUAGUUCCUGGGGGAUCCCUGGUCCCCGCCUCCCCGCGCGCCCCGGCCAGCACCGCCCGGAGUCCGGGCGGGGAAGUGGGCGCCCGCGGCUUGGGAAGCUUCUCCCCCGCCCUGGAGCAGAGUCGUCGCUGCGGUCGCUGAGGAAGGACGGAGCAGAGGCCCGCGCUGUCCGGGGAGAAGACUGUGGUGUCAUCCCGUCUGGAAUGAAGGGAAAUGCAGCGGCUGUUUGCGCCCCGGGACUCCAAGAAGUACAGCAGAUGGUGCGUGAGCAGUACACUACAGCCACAGAAGGCACCCGCAUAGAGAGGCCAGAGAAUCAGUAUGUCUACAAAAUUGGCAUUUAUGGCUGGAGAAAGCGCUGCCUCUACUUGUUUGUUCUUCUUUUACUCAUCAUCCUCGUUGUGAAUUUAGCUCUUACAAUUUGGAUUCUUAAAGUGAUGUGGUUUUCUCCAGCAGGAAUGGGCCACUUGCGUGUAACAAAUGAUGGACUGCGCUUGGAAGGGGAAUCAGAAUUUUUAUUCCCAUUGUAUGCCAAAGAAAUACACUCCAGAGUGGACUCAUCUCUGCUUCUACAAUCAACCCAGAAUGUGACUGUAAAUGCGCGCAACUCGGAAGGGGAUGUCACAGGCAGAUUAAAAGUCGGUCCUAAAAUGGUAGAAGUCCAGAGUCAACAGUUUCAGAUCAACUCCAACGACGGCAAGCCACUAUUUACUGUAGAUGAGAAGGAAGUUGUGGUUGGUACAGAUAAACUUCGAGUAACUGGGCCUGAAGGGGCUCUUUUUGAACAUUCAGUGGAGACACCCCUUGUCAGAGCCGACCCGUUUGAAGACCUUAGGUUAGAAUCCCCCACUCGGAGUCUAAGCAUGGAUGCCCCAAGGGGUGUGCAUAUUCAAGCUCACGCUGGGAAAAUCGAGGCGCUUUCUCAAAUGGAUAUUCUUUUUCAGAGUAGUGAUGGAAUGCUUGUGCUUGAUGCUGAAACUGUAUGCUUACCCAAGCUGGUGCAGGGGACGUGGGGUCCCUCUGGCAGCUCACAGAGCCUCUACGAAAUCUGUGUGUGUCCAGAUGGGAAGCUGUACCUGUCUGUGGCCGGUGUGAGCACCACAUGCCAGGAGCACAGCCACAUCUGCCUCUGAGCUGCCUGCAUCCUCUCGGUGAACUGUGCAGUGCCGGCCCCAGAUCCUCACACCCAGGGAGCAGCUGCACAUCGUGAAAGACUGAGGCAGCGUGGAUGGGAAGUAAACGCUUCCAGAGGAACUCAGAAAAAAUUACGUGCCAGUGAAAGUGUUUGGACAAAAACUACAUGAUCUCAAAAUGCACGUGGAUGUGAGACACAAAAGUUGACAAAAUGGAAAAGCAAUGUGUUUUUCCACUGGAUUAAUUUUCACCAGAACAAUUGCGAAUUCUCUCUGCCUCGCCUCCCCCUAUCUUGUCCGUGUGGGCACACACUGAGUGUUGAGUUGCUGUGUGGAGUUAACGUAUGACGCUCCACUGUGGAUAUCUAAUGCCCUGUUGAGAGUAGCCUUGCUCAAUACUAAAAUGCCCCAAAGUUCUAUACAGCAUUUCCUUUAUAGCAUUCAAACCUCACAUCCUCCCUUCAGUUUAAUGAAAGUAAGUCAGGUUUCACAAGAAAAUUUUCCAGUUUUGAAGGGAAUUUGAGGUUGAUCUGGUUUUCAAGAUGUAGUCAAAGGAAUAAAUCACACAAAAUUAAACUUUCUGUAUAUAGUCAAUAAGCAAUAAAAAUCAACCUCGUUUUUCAGAUUUCA